CAAAUCUUUAUGGAAAGAAACAAACUGGUUCACCGGCGCCAGCGGCUGUACACCGCCGCCGUGGGAGAUAAAACCCUUCGUCUCGCCGGGGAAACAGAAAAGGAAAACGCAAGCGAAGGACAGCAACCACGACGGCUGGUUGCCAGCCUCUUAUUUUCCGGUCCAACAGCACUGCCAUCACAUUCUUCCUAAAUGGGCAAAAGUCAAGCCCUAAGCUCCUUCUUCCGUGCCGCGCUACAACGAUCCAAAACUCCAUCCGCUAUCCCCGUUGCCGUUCCUCCGACCACUACGCGCAAAGUUCUGGAACUGUGCGUUUCCAAAACUCCCUCCGCUGUCCCCGUUGCCGUUCCGCCGACGACCACGGCCAAAGUUCUGGAACUUUGCGCUUCCAAAACCACCGCCGGCUCUGCCACCAAACUCCCGGCUAAAACCUUGAAGAAAUGCACCACUCCUGCCCUUGAGACGGCCUCCACCGCUGCAGCCCGCUCCGUACGAAUUCCCAUACCAUCAUCGUCAUCCUCGACCAUCAAAGGCUCCACGAAAACCCGAAAGAAGCCCCCCCGCAAAACGAAGCAGCGUCGUCCUUCAGCUAGUUCAACGCUGCCCAAUAUCAAAUUGGAAGCUUCCAAUAUCGGCUCAGAUGUUCCCCCACUUGAGCUGACACGGGAGCUGGAGAGCAUAAUGCUGGGUCUCCCAUGUGAUGCUGAGGGAGCCAGUGACGAGUUAUCUUCAGGAAAUGUAUUGGGUAUCCCCUUUUUGCGGGAUUUGACAAAUACAGACCCUUCGCAACGGAAAGAAGAGAGCCGUUUUAGGAAAGACAAAUUCAUCUUCAGCUCUAGCCAGGAACACCAUGUUGAGAAGAUAACCAGAAGGAUUGCUGAGAAGUUUGGGUCGGAGAAGACCCUGGAUGUAUUUGGAAAAUUGGGACGAGCAACAGGCGCAAAAGAAUAUGAUGCAUUGAUAAAGAGCUGUUUAAAGAUAGCCAGGGAAACUAAAGACGAUGAGAUUAUUUCCAAACAAAUGUCUAUGUGCUCUCAUAUCCUCACCAUGAUGAUGGAGCAAGGUUUCCAGAUCGAAGAAAAUUCUUAUGGACCUGUGCUUAUGUAUUUUAUUGAUAUGAGGAUGGUUCAAGAAUUCGAUUCUCUUCAUCAAGCCAUUAAAACUGGGAAACCUAGCUCUCCUGCAAGAUUAGGCUACUAUGAGAUGUUGCGAUAUAUCAGAGUUGGUGAUGAGCAAAAGAUUCAAGAACUCUGCAAUAUGAUUUCUCUUGGUUGCGAAACUAAGAAUCUCAAGGUACAUGAAAAUUAUUUUAUAGCACUUUGUGAAAGUAACCGGAAGAACGACAUUUUGCCACUGCUGGACGUUAUUGAUGUAACAAAAUUUGAGUCAAUGGAGCACAUUUCCACUAUCUUUAAUAGCUUUGGAAGGUUGUCCCUGGAGUCCUUCACGAUGAAGUUCCUUUUGGCAUGCAAAAGUUGUGAUUAUGCUGCAGAGAACAUAUCAACUCUCGUCUGUAGUUAUGCUACUGGAAUUCCACAUUUAGAGGUUGAGGAUGUCAGUUUAAAGUUCAAAGAGCUGCACUCAGAGCUGGACAUAAAACCUUCUAUUGGUUCUUAUGAGCAGCUCAUAGCUUACUGCUGUGAUGAACUCAAGGUUUACGUUGCUCUUGACUUGGUCAACCAAAUAAACGAAGAUCAAUUAUCCUUAUCCAUGGACACAUUUUGUAAACUACUGGAUGCCAUAGAUGAAAGCAGGGACUAUAUUCUGGUUCGGAGGAUGUACUCAUUGUUGAGUAAUCAUGAUUUGCAACCAACUACUGAUACAUUCAGGAAAAUGAUAACCUUGAGUGUGAGGAUAAAAGACUUUGACCUGGCAUAUGACAUGCUUGAAGAUCUGAAGAACAGGGGAUUAAAACCUACAGCAAACAUGUUUAACGUUAUAAUGGGAGGGUUCUUUCGGCAGAAAAAUGCUCAUAGUGCUCUGAAGGUUCUGAAGGAAAUGGAACUUGCGGAUGUGAAACUUGAUUCUCAAACCUACAGCUAUUUGAUAGGCAACUGUUGGAAUGAGGAUCAAAUCAUAAAGUAUUAUGAAAAGAUGCAGCUUGAUGGUAUUAAAGCUACAAAGCAUGUUUCGAUGGCGCUUGUCAAUGCAUAUGCAGCCUUGGGACAUUUUGAGAAAGCAAAACAGGUACUCUUGGACAAAACCAUUGUAGAUGAGGCCCUGGAUGAAGUUAAGAGCGCUCUCGUAUCUGCUUUGGCAUGCCAUGGACAAUUUUUUGAUGCCUUUGGCAUAUACAAGGAAAUUAAGGACGCCGGAAACAAUAUAACGUCAAAAGCUACUGUAAAUCUAAUUGAGCAAUUUCCAUCUGAUGGAGAGACAAGUGAGUUACUUAAAUUGUUGGAAGAAGUGCAUGAUUCUGAGUACCGGGUGGAUGCAUGUUACAGGGUUGUGUUACAUUGUAUUCGUAACAAGCAUUCUAGCUGUCUUAUUGAUUUGCUGAAACAAAUCGUGGAGAUAUUUUCCGAAGAUGAAGUCGCAAUGGAAUUGCUAUUUGAUGAGUUUUUUGCAAUUAUUGCUGAUACGGAACAACCAGACUUAGAGAUGGCAUUGAAGUUGCUACGAAUAAUCAAAUCUGAACUCGGUCUCAGCCCUUCCCGUAAAAGUCUUGAUUUUCUUUUGCAUACAUGCGGCAAGGCCAAGGACUUAGCCCAUGCACGCUCCGUCUGGAAAGAGUAUGAAAUAGCUGGACUUCCUUACAAUGUCACGAGCCAUCUGAGGAUGUACCAAGUUCUUCUGGCUUGUGGAAGCCACACCGCUGCCAAAAGCUUGCUUACUAAAAUACCAAAAGACGACCCUCAUGUCCGUAUGGUUGUUGAAGCAUGUCAGGAGAAUACUGAUGGAAGCAGUAAGCCAACUGGAGCCCAGGACAGCGAACUGAAACAGCCGACGAUGGAGGCGAUACUAGCUCGGGCGCUGGAGUACACUCUCAAGUACUGGCUGAAAUCCUUCUCCAGGGACCAGUUGAAGCUUCAGGGACGGACCGUCCAGCUCUCCAAUUUAGAUAUCAACGGAGACGCCUUGCACGCUAGUAUGGGGCUGCCACCAGCGAUUAAUGUGACCAAGGCAAAAGUCGGGAAGUUCGAAAUUAUUCUGCCCUAUGUGAGCAAUGUGCAAACGGAACCAAUCGUCGUGCAAAUAGAUAAGCUUGAUUUGGUUUUCGAGGAGAACCGGGAUUGGGAUAGUUCUAGCCCUACUCAAAGUUCAACAUCUUCGUCUAGCACCAGCAAAAGUAGUGGCUAUGGUUUUGCCGACAAGAUUGCAGAUGGAAUGACAAUCAAGGUUAGCACUGUGAACCUUCUACUUGAGACACAUGGGGGUGCUCGUCGAGGGGGAGGAGCUGCCUGGGCUCCACCGAUGGCAUCUAUUACCAUACGGAACCUUGUGCUUUAUACCACUAAUGAAAACUGGGAGGUUGUAAAUCUCAAGGACGCACGCGACUUCUCCAAUGAUAAAACAUUCAUAUAUGUCUUCAAGAAACUGGAAUGGGGAUCUUUAUCUAUCGAUCUCUUGCCUCAUCCUGAUAUGUUCACCGAAGCGAAUAUAGAACGCUAUCAGGAGCGAAAGAACCAGAGAGAUAAUGAUGGUGCAAAGCGAGUUUUCUUUGGUGGAGAACGAUUCCUUGAAGGGAUAUCAGGCGAGGCUUAUAUCACACUGCAACGGACUAAUCAAAAUUGUCCUCUUGGUCUGGAGGUUCAACUGCAUGUUACAGAAGCUGUCUGCCCUGCACUGAGUGAACCGGGACUUCGUGCCCUCCUCCGCUUCUUCACAGGGUUGUAUGUGUGUCUUAACAGAGGGGACGUGGAUCUUAAAGCCCAGGAGUCAUCUACAGAAGCAGCAGGACGUUCUCUUGUAUCUAUUGUCGUGGACCACAUAUUUCUUUGCAUUAAAGAUGCUGAGUUCCGGCUUGAACUUCUGAUGCAGUCACUCUUAUUUUCGCGGGCAACAGUUUCUGAUGGUGAACUUGUCAAAAACUUGACCAAGGUCAUGAUCGGAGGACUCUUCUUGAGAGAUACAUUUUGCCGACCUCCUUGUACUUUAGUACAACCAUCCAUGCUGGCUGCUGCUGAAAAUGUUACGCAGAUUCCUGCAUUUGCAACGAACUUCUGCCCUCCGAUAUAUCCUCUUGAAGAGCAGCAAUGGCAAUUGAGUGCAGGCACUCCUUUGAUUUCCCUACAUUCCCUUCAAGUCCAGCCCUCCCCAGCCCCUCCUUCUUUUGCUUGUCAGACUCAUAUUAUCUGCCAGCCUCUUACAAUUUAUCUUCAAGAGGAAUCAUGUUUGAGGAUAUCUUCAUUCCUGGCCGAUGGUAUUGUUGUCAACCCUGGGGAUGUUUUGCCCGAGAUAUCAGUGAAUUCAAUGAACUUCUCGCUGAAGGAAUUAGAUUUUACAGUUCCCUUAGAAAUGAGUGAUUCAAGUACUCCUGAAAAAGAUAGGAGCUAUGGUGGCCAAAGUUCAUUUACUGGAGCAAGGCUUCACAUAGAAAACAUGUUCUUCUCCGAGUCUCCUUCUCUAAAACUCAGGCUCCUGAACCUUGAGAAUGAUCCUGCAUGCUUUUCUCUUUGGCCAGGUCAGCCUAUUGAUGCUAGCCAGAAAAAAUGGACUGCUGGUGCCUCAUGUCUUAGUUUAUAUCUUGAAACAACUGCUACCUUAUCCGAGCUACCAAAACCUGACGAACUGACUUCAGAACUGUGGAGAUGUGUUGAACUGAAAGGUGGAUCAGUUGAGGUGGCUAUGGUAUCUCCCGAUGGGAGCCCACUGACGAACAUUCCUCCUCCUGGUGGUAUUGUUAGGAUAGGGAUAGCUUGUCAGCAGUAUAUAUCAAACACUUCAGUUGAGCAGUUAUUUUUCGUCCUGGAUCUUUAUACAUACUUCGGAAGAUUUAGUGAAAAGAUUGCCUUAGCUGGCAAAGAAAGUAAAGCAAAGAGAGGUCUGAGUGAAUCGAUAAGCCAAAGGCUAAUAGAUAAGGCUCCAGCUGAUACUGCUGUUAGCUUGACACUGAACAAACUUGAACUCAAAUUUUUGGAAUCCUCUACUAUAAAAGUUGAGGGAAAGCCUCUUGUUCUGUUCGUCGGGGAUGAUCUUUUCAUUAAAGUUAUUCAUAGAACCCUUGGUGGUGCUGUCGCUGUUUCGUCUGCUAUACAGUGGCAGAGUGUUGAGAUAGACUGUGUAGAGACUGAAGAUGAGUCAAUGAUAAGCACCGUUGAGAAUGAUGAUUUGGUAAGUGUUAAUGGAUACCCUGAUCUCAGAGCUGUCCUUUGGGUAAAUAAGGAGACCAUGCCGAAAUCCAAUGGUAAAAAUUAUGUGGUUCCUUUUCUAGAUGUAAGCGUGGAACAUAUGAUUCCUUUCAGUGAAGAGGACAGAGAGUGCCAUAGUUUAGGAGUAUCAGCCUGCAUUUAUGGUCUCCGUCUUGGUGGAGGAAUGAAUUAUGCCGAGUCCCUGCUGCAUCGGUUUGGGAUACUUGGACCUGAUGGUGGUCCUGGGGUGGGACUGUCUAAAGGAUUAAAGAAUUUAUCAAGGGGCCCACUAUCAAAACUUUUCAAGUCAUCACCUCUUAGUGCUGAGGAUGUUGAUGAAGAUGGAAGUUUGGGGUGUGAUAAUGAAGGUGGUCUACUGCAGCUUGGAAUGCCAGAUGAUGUUGAUGUACGUGUAGAAUUCAAAGACUGGUUGUUUGCUCUUGAAGGUGAAAGAGAAUUAGCAGGGGGAUCGUCAUUUGUUGACCUAGACAAUCUAGGCAGAGAGCAGAGGAGUUGGCACACUACUUUCCAGAGUUUUCUGGUUAAAGCAAAAAGUAGUCUGAAGAACGAGCUAGAUGGUAAAGGAAAUUCACAUGUGCGGAAAUAUCCUGUAGAUUUGGUCACAGUUGGCGUGGAAGGGUUACAGAUACUGAAGCCACAUUCUCAAAAACAAUUUAGAGUUUCUGAAAAUGGAGUUGAAGAAGUUGUCCAGUCACCUGGAGGGUUAGAAUUUGAGGUUAGUUUGGUGAUGCCAGAGGAAGCUGAUGAUGAUGACGAUUAUCAUAUGGACAACUGGGAAGCAGAGAACGUCAAGUUCUCUGUCAAGCAACCGAUUCAGGCUGUUGUUACCAAAGAUGAGCUCCAGCAUCUUGCAUUCUUGUGUAAAUCAGAGUUGGAUGCCAUGGGCAGGAUUACUGCUGGCAUCCUGAGGCUCCUGAAGCUGGAGCGCUCCAUCGGUCUGGCUGCCAUCGACCAGCUUAGCAAUCUUGGAAGUGAGGGCUUUGAAAGGAUUUUCACUCCAGAAAGGCUAAGCAGAGUUGGUAGCCCUCACAGCUUUGCAACCAUGCCACCAUUGAAUCUGAGCAAUGGCACCAUGGAUGAGAGGAAAGCAGAAUCUACAGUUUGUUUGCUGGAGGAAGCAGUGGAAGAUUCACAAGCUAAAUGCGCAGCCAUUAUGAACAACUUGUCAAGCCCCGAGUCGUCAGUUCAGAAUAUUUCAGAUAUUAUUCAGGUAUGUCAGAACCUUGAAAGCAUGAAGAAUUUGCUGAUGCAAUUACGGACUCAGAUUUAGUCACACCGGGGGCAUUUCCCAGUACUGUACAGUUUUGUGAUAAAAAAAACGGGUUCAAUAGAACAGAGCUCGGCAUUACACACUUGAUUCUUCAAUUUUUUGCUGUACAUAUAGAGAAUCGGCAAUAGAUUGGUGUUCCUCACAUGCUGCUUUCUGGAGCCUUAAACACUCAGAGCCUUGUUGUAUGCAUUCCUAAGCCUAGUAUGCAAAACUGCGAACCUGAUCAAAUGAAACUCAGCUUGAAUCUGCAUUUGAAUGAAACUUACUUUGAU